CACAGCUUGAUAUAUUCCAUCAUGGUCAAUGUAUGUUUUCUAGGAUUGAUGCUAGGGAUUUAUUAGAGAAAAAGCAUCCUGCUGAUUGGUGGAACACUUAUGGAGAUGAUGUUCCCGAACUUCAAAGAUUUGCUAUUCGAGUGCUUAGUUUAACUUGUAGCUCUUCUGGAUGCGAGCGUAACUGGAGUGCAUUUGAGAUGGUUCAUACCAAGAAAAGGAAUCGUCUUCACCAAAAGAAGAUGAAUGACUUGGUGUUUGUGAUGUACAAUUCCAAAUUGAAGAAUAAGAAAUUUAGAAGUAUGGAGUUGCCAACCUUUGAAGAUAUUGGUUCAGAUAAUGAAUGGAUCACGGAGGGAGGUGUGGAUGUUCCUUCUCCUAAUGAGGAUGUCAAUGCUCAAAUUGUUGAACCGGUUGGAAAUGAUGGGAUUCAUGAUAUGACAAUUGAACUUGAUAGCAACCCAAUUGAGGAUGAAGAUAUAGAAGAAAAUGUGAAUAUGGAGGAGGGAGAGGGAGAUGAAUAUAAUGGGAGUGAUGGUGGUGGGAGUGGUGAAGAUGAUGAUCUUGAUGAUUUGUGUUAAUUUAUUAGUUUGUAUGUUUGUUGUUGGAACAUGAGAUUGAAUUUAUGUAGCAUGUGUUUAAUUUUUAGUAUGUUUGAUUGUUAGAACUUUGAACAUGUAUGGCAUUAUCUAAUUAUUAUUGCAUUAUGUUAUUCUUGUUACA